UCCUCGUAACUCCGGCCACCGGCCACGGCUGUGGACGGGGCCGGUACCAAAAUGACCGGGGCGUCGUCCUCUUCCUACCCCAGCCACCUCCCGCCGCCAGCCGCCGCGGAUUCGCCGGAAUUUGGAGAUGAAGCGGCCGAUGUCGUCCAAACUUCAAAGCCGCCGAUCUCCCUCCUCCGGCCACCAAUUCCGUCGACCCAGGGUGUCAUGGAAUAUGAAGAACAUGAAAAACGUGUGGUUGGAGUGUUUGAUUUUUCAUGCACAGAGCGCACAAGGCUUGUAUCUCAUAGUGAUGAUUGUAAGGUAAAAGUUUGGUGCACACGGCAGGAAAGGAAACUAGCUAGUGUUCUUGACAUUGAUAUGAAAGCGAACAUUUGUUGCUUUUAAGUAUAAUAUUUUAUCUAUAGCAACUGCAUUGCAGUAUAUAUUACAUGAAUCGUAUCUGUACGUACACUUUGUAAGUAAGAUAUUGGUCUCCUGUUGAUUAUCUUGCAUGAGAAUAAAUCAGUUUAGAGUAAAAUGCACCUAAUUAUGGUACCCCUAUGAA